UGUUGCUGUAGCUGUCAAGUUGAUGUUACUUGUGAAACCGACACACGAGCAGCGGGGUUGAAUUGCUUCACCGUAAGCAGCCAGACUCUCAGCCCCUAUCGUUAACAGGACAGUCCCAGUUCACAUCUUUUUAUUGCUUCUGGAGAGGGGAUCAUCCGCAGACAUGGACCUCGUCGGCUUCUUAAUGGCCCUGUUAUUGCCCAUGGCAACGGGAGAGGAGAUUGUGUUUAGAAGUGUCUCUGAAAGGCUGUAUUACAGCCACACUCCGAGUUCCGAAACCAACGGCCACAUCUUCGACAUGAACACCUCCCCCUUUCUCUUCUACGAUUACCAGUACCAGAUGUUCUUCAUCAAUGGAGCCGAGACAGACGGGAUAAAGGAACUUGGCCAAGACGAGGUGAACCACUUCAAGGAGAGGGCAAGCGGGAUCCAGGCCUGGGAGCAGGGCAUCAUCAAAGAAAUGAUGAAGUUCUCCAACGGUUCGAGUGUCCUGAAAAAGAAACCCACCAUCCACAUCUACACGGAAGACGACUAUGCUCCGGGGAGCUCGAACACCCUGUACUGUUACGCUGAGAACUUCUACCCUAACGAGAUCGAGCUCAGCUUCCUCAUCAACGGGCAGCCAUUCACCGGGCCUGUCCGAUCGUCCCCACUGGUGGUGGAGUCAGACUGGACCUUCAACGUCUACAAGUACAUUGACAUCGAGCCAAAGGACGGGGACACAUUCAGCUGUCGGGCAGCACACCUCAGCCUUGAUGGAGGGCUGACCGUCUCACUAGACCUGCUUCCUCCCGUGGCCACAUCCGGGAUUAUUGUCUGUGCAGUCGGAGUCAUAGUGGGAAUUAUCGGGCUGCUGGUAACACUGUACCUGAGCAGGGCGAUGCACAAAAGGCGGGGAGGAGAUUGCUCGGGGAGAUCCUCCAAUAAAUAACCUCCAGACGGGCAGAAAGACAGGAGAAGGGAAGUUUCUGAACACUGUCUCCUGAACCUGGGGGUGUGAGAAUUAAAGAUGUGAAAAGAAAAUACAAAAUAGAAACUGGUUUUAUAUUGUCCUAGUAAAAUAAAAUGUAAAGUUAGCACAGAUCACCAGUUUGGAACAAAGAUGUAUAAAAUUCAUGCACUCAGAGCCCGGGAGUGUGUGAUGGGACGGUGUGGAGGGAGCUACACUCUGUCUGACCCCGGGAGUGAGUGAUGGGAUGGUGUGGAGGGAGCUUCACUCUCUAUCUGACCCCAGGAGUGUGUGAUGGGACGGUGUGGAGGGAGUUUCACUCUGUAUCUGACUCCGGGAGUGUGUGAUAGGACAGUGUGGAGGGAGUUUCAAUCUGUGUCUGACCCUGGGAGUGUGUGAUGGGACGGAGUGGAGGGAGAUUCACUCUGUGUCUGACCCUGGGAGUGUGUGAUGGGACAGUGUGGAGGGAGAUUCACUCUGUCAAUCUUAGUCAAAGUUCAAAAUAAUAAACAAACAAAAAAUAAUUCAGAGAACACGAGUUGUAGAGUCCUUGAAAGUGAGUCAAUUCAUUGUGGAAUCAGUUCAGAGUUGGGGUGAGUGAAGUUAUCCACGCUGGUUCAGGAGCCUGAUGGUUGAGGGGUGAUAUUUGUUUCUGAACCUGUUAGUAUGGGACCUCUGGCUCCAGGAGGCAGCAAGAGGAGAUGGUCUGGAUGCUGUGAUGUGUUGGUCAAGGUGUGACAUGCAAUGAAAAAACUGCAACAUUCAACAAUUAUAGCCACCCAGGUCUUGCUCUUGUCUCCCUGCUGCCAUCAGGAAGGAGGUACAGGAGCCUCAGGACUCACACCACCAGGUUCAGAAAUAGUAAUUACCCCUCAACCAUCAGGCUCCUGAACCAGUGUGGAUAACUUCAAUUGCCCCUUCACUGAAAUAUUCCCACAACCUAUGGGCUCACUUUAAAGGACUCUUCAUCUCAUGUUCUCAAUAUUUAUUUAUUAUUGUUAUUAUUUUUCACACACUGUCCCAUCGCACACAUUCCCGGCAUCAGACACAGAAUGAAGCUCCCUCCACACUGUCCCACAGUUCUCCUGACCCAACAGUUCACUAUAGUUCUUACAUGUGAGAAGAUUCUGACAGUAAUGGCUGAUAUAAGCAUUGUCUCUGUGAUGGCAGUGUAGAAUUGGAAAGGAGGGGGAAGCACCAGACAGAUAUUCUGUAAUGAUCAAUAAACCAAUUGUUUGGAAUCAAAUGACACCGUGCCUCUCCCCCCCACCCCUGGCACUCCUUCUCUGCCACCUGUCCCACACACCUCCUGCGGGCUCCACGCUUACCAUUCCCAAUAUGCGGUACUGUGCAGUCUAUGCAAAAAAUGCAGUACCAUGCAAAAUAAUGCACCCUAGUUGUAUAUAUGUGCCCAAGACCUUUGCACAGAACCAGAUAUAAUUCAUUUAUUCACCAAGCACACCUACUCAGACUGCUGUCACAAGAAAGCAGCAUCCAUCAUCAGGGACCCCACCACCCAGGACAGGCUCUCUCCUCACUGCUGCCAUCAGGAAGAAGGGGUGACAGCCUCCAGGUUCAGGAACCAUUAUUGCCCCCUGACCAUCUGAUCCUGAACCAGAAGGGACGACUUCACUUCGUCUCAUUCACCCCAUCACCGAACCACCUCUUGUUGCUACCUUCACUCUUGCCACGGCAGAAGAAUUGGUGAUUUGAAGAUUAAACUGACAAAUCAGCCACACCCCCACCUUUUCGUUUGGUUAUCCUUCGUCCCGGUUUGAUUCCUUCCACAUCCAUUUCUGUUUCAGUUAAUUAGUUUAGUUCAUUCAGCUCAUAACAUCAUUGGUCGUUAGCACCUGUUAUCUUUGUUCAACUUACCCUAGGCUAGACACUGACAAAGUAAUCAAGUUUUAAUUUGAAACUUUCUAUUACUGAACAUAUUACUUUGUUUAAUGAAAUGAAGGCAUUUCUCUGUAACAUAUAAGGUUUUGGAAAAUGAGUGUUUGGAAAUCUAAAAUUUGCUCUUUUCUACUGAUACACUAAUGCAGAAGACAAAAGGUAAACAUUUCUCGGGAG